CAUUGCAGUUUGAUCAGGCUGCUUUGCCUGAAGUGUGGUACAGCCUGAUAUUCCCCUCCCCCAGCUCAUCCAUAUCCCUUCUAUUAUCAACAGAGGUCGCUUGGCUUUCAGUGUGGAGAAAGCUCGCAAAUGAUACCCUCAGCUUAAACGCAUGGGUAAACACUCUCAGGCAUGCUGAGAACAGACAGCGGAGAAAGAAACUGAGAGGGAGUGUGUGAGAGAUACAGGGAGAAAGACAAAGGGAACAGACACAGGAAUCCGUCGAGAAAAUCUCAUCAGCAUUUUGUUGCAACAGUUUCUUGCUGAGACUUUAUUUGGUGUCACUUUCCUCAGCCUGUAAUGGCAAGACUGUUCAAAGUGUGCAUCUUGCAAGAAGGCUGAACUACUGCAGACCACAAACGGAUGUGAAACAAGGAUGCAUUGAAACUCACUCCAUUCUCUCUAUCUGUUCCAUUCAACAACAGAGAGAGAGAGAGAGAGAGAGAGAGAGAGAGAGAGAGAGAGAGAGACAGAGAGAGAGAGAGAGAGAGAGAGAGAGAGAGAGAGAGAGAGAGAGGGAGAGAGCGGAGGAAGAGUGAGAAUAAUAAUCAAGAACCUGCUUCCAUGCCCUUGGUGUUGUGGCCACAGAAAGAUGGAUGUGAGAUUUUAUCCUUCAGCACCAGCGACGGUAGCUGCCCUAGCUGCUGACCCGAACUGCUUGGGCACUGGCUCUUGCCUGGAACAUUAUUACUCCAACAAGUUUGAUGGGGACAAUAUGUACAUGAGUCUGUCUGAUGCCAACCAGGACUACCUGCCAGCCAACCAGACUUUCCACAGCCAGGUUUUGGGAGAUGAAGACUACGAGAUCCCUCCCAUCACCCCCCCCAAUCUGGGCGAGCCCUCCUUCCUCCACCUGAUGGAUCCACACGGAGGCUACCACUCACUGUGCCACGCGGGCCCUGCCAACGGCCUCAUCCCGCAGUACCACUACCAGGGCAUGGACCUUCCUGCCAUCAUGGUGUCCAACAUGCUGAGCCAGGAUGGCCACCUGCUCUCAGGACAGCUACCAAUGCAGAUGGCAGGCGUGGAUCGCGGCGAGGGUCUGGCAUACGACUCCAGCGGCCAGCACCCGAUGGACAGCCGCACCAUGCUGCCGCACCAUCGCAUGCCCGUCAUUGGGCAUGCACAGCUGGCCGCACAGAUGGGCAUGAACCUGGGACGUGGGGGCAUGCACGCCCACAGCUCACCCUCACCGCCUGGCAGCAAGUCUGCCACGCCAUCACCCUCCAGCUCAGUGCACGAAGAAGAAGCUGAUGUCCUCGCCAAGAUGAGUGGGGACAAGAGAGGGGGUGUGGACAUGGGCAAGAAGACCAAGGGCCAGAAGAAGAAGAAGAAGAAGGACCCGAAUGAGCCGCAGAAGCCGGUGUCGGCGUACGCCCUCUUCUUCCGUGACACCCAGGCUGCCAUCAAGGGGCAGAACCCCAGCGCCACGUUCGGUGACGUCUCCAAGAUUGUGGCAUCAAUGUGGGACGGGCUGGGCGAGGAGCAGAAACAGGCCUACAAGAAGAAGACAGAGUCGGCUAAGAAGGAGUACCUGAAAGCCUUGGCAGCUUACAGGGCCAGCCUGGUGUCCAAGAGCUAUAAUGAGCCGGUGGAGCCCAAGGCUGGUCAGUCGGCCGUGCCACCCCACCUGCUGCCCACCAAGCCGCCCCUGUACAGCCUGGCCCAGGCCUCGGGCACUUACAUCGGGACCCCCCCCUUCCUGGGGCAGCCGGAGCUGCAGCCGUACCCAGGACCUGCCCACCACCGACCCCAUGGCCCCAAACCCACCCUCCCCGGCUCACCCCCUCCCCCACCCGCCUUGCAGAUCAGCCCCCCCCUCCACCAGCAGCUCAGCCUGCACCAGCAUCACUCCGCCAUGCAGCAGCCCCUGCACCCACACCCGCUGCAGGUACAGGCGCAGCUGCACUCACCACCCGCGCAGCAGGGUUACACUCAGCUGCCGCUGGAGUUCCAGAGUGGUGUCAGUGCCCCGUCCCCAGGCCCUGCUGGCCCCAACGCCCCGACUCCAGGCAGCGACUGGGAAAACGAGUUCUGCAACAGCGAGUGCAUAAUCAACCACUGCAGCCUGUUACCGCGGGACAAGCCUCUCUACCUCACCUGAGCCAGUGCUGCACCUGUACUGGACUUCACCAAGGGAGCCAGGUGUCUCGCAACACUGAGGACGUUAAAGACACAGCAAGCAUUCGGAGUUCCCUCACCAGCCCGCCGCCGCUCCCCACUUCUCCGUAGGCUUCCAGGCCUACACCUUGGCAAGACACACCUAGUAAAAUUAAAGAUGGGUGACAAUCUAACUCCGGCCUACAGUGCAAACCUUUGUCUUUCCCCAAAGGUUAGAUCUCAAUUGCCUGAAGCAUAUGUUGGCUCAGCAAGUAAUUCCAGAGCCUUGGCCUUAUGCACCUGCCCUUCACAUGGCAACCUCCCCUCUGUGCUGGCCAGUAACAGACUGACCAUGGUCCAUGGUGGAGCAAUGACCACUGGCCCUGAUCACCAGACCACUUGAAUAACAAGUUCAACUGGCAAAGACUUGACACUGUUAAAUGUGAACAGUCCGUAAGGACACCGUAUAUUUAGGACCUUGUUUACUGUAGUUUUACUCAAUGUUUUAGAGGUGUUGACAAUUCCACAAGCUUUAUGUGUUGGAGACUUAUUCUGUGAUUUAACUUUAUAGAGAAGAGAGUAUUGUUUUUGUAUCUGAUUUUACUCGAUUCCUUGUUGGGUGAUUGUUUAGCGAGCAGGCUUGUCCUUUGUGUCUGAAAUGCCAAAUGUGUUUGUUUUGUUAAACAUCAGUGACCAGGAUCUUUUACAAACACUUCCCAUAGUUUUUAAUACUCAUUUCCUGCCAAUGCCUGAUUAUUUAAUGUUUUUUUUGAUCAUCACUGCCUAGCUUAUUUAAAGAAACAAAUUCAUGUGUGCGCUGUGUUUUUAAUGAGUUGGUGAGCUCGCUGAAAUAAUGCUGUUUGAUUCAACAACAGCUGUCAGACCUUGUGUUAAAAUGCUUUGUGACUUGCAUUUCAUUCUCCCCGAGUAAAUAAAGAAGUAAUUUUAUACUCCA